AUAAUAAAAAUACCCUUGGUCUCGAAAGUUAUUUGUGUAUGCCUCUCUACGACUAAUUGUGGGGAUUAAACUGAGGGAUAAAAACCAAAACCACCUUAUCUUGGAAUUUUCAAACCAACUACCCUCUCUCAUUAGUUUUGUUACCCUCUACCUCCUAUGUUUAUCAAGUGACCUAAUUUUCGAACCAACUACACCCUCCGUGUUCUAUAGAUACCAUCCUAUCCAAACAGGCCCUAGCCGUUCUGCCAGAGGGUAGAUGGGGUGAUUUAUAAGAUGCCAAGGGCGGGGCUGGAAGCAAAAUAAUAGGAAGGAAAGGAACUGUUGGUCUGAUGAGCAAGAGAAAGGGGGGUUUUGGUACUUAUUCCUCGAUUCGACGAAAUUGCAUGUAGCUACCUGAUUAUCGAACCAGAUUGAACUUUUGGACUCAGGAAAUCAAAUCCACAUCCACAUGGUUGGGCUCAGCAGAUUAGCGGCUUAGAUCACACACGAUCCCCACAUACAAAAGCAAGUGCACAGGUGAGCGUGGUAGCAGGGCAAGGGCAAGCUACAAGGUUAACUGGAAAUAUACAGAGCUCCUCUUCCAUAUCAUGUGCAACCUCGCUCACGACAUUACCUUCUACGCCUCCCUGAUCGAAUCAUGUUCGUCCACCAAGAACCUAAGCACACUGCAAAAGAUACACGCUCGAAUCCUGACCGUCGGAAUCGCCCACCACGAUUUCCUCCGGGCCAAGCUUGUCUCUUCCUACGCCAGCUGCGCACGUAUGCAUGAAGCCGCCCACGUCUUCUUCCGCGCUAACCGACAAACGACUUUCCUCUACAACUCCAUGAUCAAGGGCUACGCUUCCCUCCACCUCUACCGCCAAUCCCUCCACGUCUUCCGCCACAUGCUCCAACGCGGCAAGCUACCCGACCGGCGUACGUUACCCUCAGUCCUCAAAUCCUGCGCCGGGAUCUCUUCUCUCCACCUCGGCAGGCAGGUCCACGUGGCGGUCCUCGUCCAUGGUUUCUCCUCCGACGUGGCAGCCUCUAAUUCGCUGGUGACGAUGUAUGCGAAAUCAGGCGACCUGGAUUCCGCCCGGGCGGUGUUCGAUAAAAUGCUCGAGAGGAAUUCGAUCACGUGGUCGGCAAUGAUCGGUGCGUACGGCGCGCACGGCCUCUCCGGCGAGGCCCUUCGGCUGUUCGACGGGAUGCUGGCUGCCGGGGAGUCGCCGGACGGCGUCACGUUCACGGCGGUUCUGACGGCGUGCAGCCACGGGGGGUUGACGGAAGCAGGUCGGAGGGUGUGGAAGAUGAUGGAAGGGAGGUUUGGGGUGCGACCGGUGCUGGAGCAUUACACGUGUAUGGUGGAUAUGUUGGGGAGGGCGGGACAAGUGGAGGAAGCAGAGGCGUUGGUUGGGGAGAUGGACGAAGAGCCGGACGAGGCGCUCUGGAGUGCGCUGUUGGGGGCGUGUAGGGUGCAUGGAAAGGUGGAAGUGGCGGAGAGAGUGGCGGAGAGGGUUUAUGGAAGGAAGCUUGGAAUUUAAGUUUUGCUGAUAUCGUGAUACGGAAUUUGGUAAAGCUGCAUCUCCACUGUACACGUGGCAAGGGAUGUAGCAAUUGUGUCCAUCCAUAAUCCUAUCCAUUACAUCCGUAGAAAAUGAAAGUAGUUGAUGGUCCAUAAUUCAGCUGGCUGGAUUGAAUCGUUGAAGAAAGUGUGAGCAGGAUUGUUUAGUAGAGUUGGUUUAGUUUUCAAACAUCAGCCAUUCAUGCAUGUUGGCCGCUAUAGCGCCGACUGCAUGGAUGGAGCUGAUUGAUACAUCACCCUCCCCCCUUGUGUUAGACAAGGCAUUUAGGAACCGCAUUGCCUGCAGCACCCGUGGCAGAUGUGACCCAACCUGCGGGGCCUACUGUGAUGUGUCUUGUAUCCAUGCUCUCCAUCCUUUUACUAGCUCAUUUUAGGGCUGAGCUGGAAAAUGAAGCAGAUCUAAAGCUUAAGUGGACCACACUACCGGAAACAGUGGGGAUUAAACAUCCAUCAUGAAAAGUUCUGUUGGGUCACAGAAGGCAGUCUAUGAAGAGUGGAGCGCCAAAUAAAUGUUCCGAAUUGAAUGAUAUGAAUUGCCGCUCUAUGUGCAUGAGCAAGAUCCCAUAUACAUGUCUACUAGAUCAUCUCUUCGUAAAAAGAUUUUCAUUAGAUCA